GCUGCAUCGCCGCUCUUCUCUGCCUCUCACAGUUUUCCAGGAGGACCAGCCGCUGUCAGACUCCCUGCACACACACACACUCACACACACCCACCCAGGCACGGACAGCUUUACAGCCGACCAACAACCAUGGCUGCACGGGACACUUCCUUUCUGCUCAUCGGACUUCUGGUCCUCUUUCACACCUGGGGAGCGUGGGCUAAUGUGGAAGUGAACAUGGAGGACAGAGUGGAGGUGUACAGGGGAGAAAAGGCUCGGAUCACCUGCAUGUUCACAUCGUCUGACGGUGUCGGCGGCAACAUGAUUCAGUGGUUCUACGUGACACGGACGGGUGAGAAGCAGAAAAUCUACUACCAGGACAGCACCAUGAAGGUUGUGGACAAAGGCACGCCGUUCACAGACCGGAUCAGUGUGAACGGUACCGGAGCCGACGGAGUGAUCGUGUUGACGAUCAGCAACGUGCAGCUGGACGAUGAACUGGAGUUUAUCUGUGUCAUCAAAGCUCUGACGGAUGGGACUGGGGAGGGACGCACAAAGCUGAAGGUGUUCGAAACACCAGGUAGUCCCACUAUCGAGGGUGUGCAAACAGGGAUCUCCGUCCAAGAAGAAAACCCAUCCAAGAUUGGAACCUGUGAGGUCAAAAAUGGCUACCCCAAGCCGAACAUCACGUGGUACAGAAACAAAACGCCCAUACGCGCUGCUCAGGAUGUGGUGAAGGUGGUGCCGACCAUCACCACUAAGUCCAGUGGCCUGUACUCGGUUAGGAGCGAGCUGAGCAUGAAGGUGAAGAAGGAGGACAAAGAUGACGUGUUCUACUGCGAGGUCACCUACUUUUCUCCCGAAGGAUUAAGGAUGACCGAGACCAGCCCCAUUAACAUCACUGUGUUCUACCCCUCCACAGCUGUCAGUGUUUGGGUGGAGUCACCAAAGGGUGAAAUCAAGGAAGGGGACUCCAUUGAACUUCACUGCCAUGAUGACGGGAAUAAGCCAUCCUCACUCAUAUCAAUCUCACAUGAAGAUGGUGAUUCUUGGGACAACAAAAUGGUGGUGCUGGGAAAUGUGUCCCGUCUGAACAGUGGAGUUUAUACAUGUACCUCUACGGACACGGACGCCUGGGACACGGUCUCAGGAAACACCACUGUGUUUGUCAACUAUCUGGAUCCAGCUGUCGUGAUACCUAAGGAUGAUGUGGAGGUGUCCCAGGGAGAGGAGCUGACGGCCACCUGUAACGCCCUCUCUUCUCUCCAGACACACACAGUCUGGUUUAAGGAUGGAGUGAAGGUUUCAAUGGGCCACAGUUUGGACCUGAAGGAUGCUACGUUUGACACAGCAGGGAUGUACAAGUGCGUGGUGACUGUUCCUGAGUUCGAAGGAAUGGAAACCAGCGGGACACUUAAUGUUAACGUCAAUGGCCCACCACAGAUCAUAGCGCCAGAGUUCACAGAGUUCGAGAAGAGUUUUGAGGCUAUGGUGAACCUGAGCUGUGAUGUCAGAGGUUACCCUGCUCCCACUGUCAUCUGGUCCACCUCUGACGGAAAGACUUUUCUUCCAGAAUCGAAAACGGAUACAGACGGCGUCGUUCAGAGUGUGGUCAGCAUCAAGGUCACCUCUGACUUUACAGCUUUCUGUAACGCCUCCAACGAUUUCGGCACGGACGCCGUGUCCUUCAACAUCACAGCCACUAAACACACUCCCACACCAGACACCACCACUACUAGCACUGCCAUUCCCACAGUCGAACCUGAACAAGCUAUCCCUGAACCAGCUAUCACUGAACAAGCUAUCCCUGAACCAGCUAUCCCUCCAAAGAGAAUCAAGAAAGAGGGCAGUGGUGUUAUCAUUGCAGUCAUCAUAAUCUGCAUCCUGCUGCUGGCCAUCUUGGGUAGUGUGCUCUACUUCCUCUACAAAAAGGGCAAGAUCUGCGGCCGGUCUGGCAAGCAAGACCUCACCAAAGAGGUGUCCAGCAAAGAUAACAUCGUGGUGGAGAUGAAGAGCGACAACACGGAGGAAGCUGUGCUCCUCGGGGUCAACGGAGAAAAGCAGCUUCAAAACAACUAGUGAGGAGCGUACCUGGAUGAACAGAAGUGAGGAGGCGACUCCGGACACACACAGCUGCUCCAGUUCCUGCCUCUCAGGCUCAGAACGGCCAAUGCUUCCCCCACAGCCCCUUAUUAGUCGUCAUGGUAAAGCUCAGUCGCCUGCUAGUAUAAAUGAUCACGAUGCACGACUGAGACUCAGAUUUUCUCCGAACUGCAACUUUAGCUUGACUGUCCUUUUAUCCAGCACAUUUCCUCUAGAAUAAGCUUUAAUGAGAAGCGAUUUGAUCCCACCAUGACAAAACACAAUUUCUAAAAUGACACCAAGAACUAUCCUAAGCCUAUAGUUCGUAUUACCACAAGCGUUGUAUAUUGCUGAUUGUCCGUAGAACAAGAUUUGGAGCACAACAUUGACCAUUGACUGUUUUUAUAUCCAACUAGGCAUCACCUCAGGCAAAGUAAUCACUGAAGAGCAGCGAAACAGGUCUUUAACAAGUGUACAUAUUAUAAUCUAUGUAUAUAUUUCUUUAUUUAAAAUGACAAUAUAGAGAAAAACAACCAAAAAUAAAUUACCAGAUAGUGUUUUAUUUUGUUUGGGUGCUGUUUGUGGAGAGAAAGAAAGCUUAGGUUAGAUGUUUUGUUUUUAUUUUUGACUAUUUCUUUUUUUGUCUGUUUCCUGUCGCUUAAGUCUGUACACUGAAUUUGAUGGCGAUGCAAUGAUGCGUCCGCCUGCAGCCAGUUACAGCCUCACAACGUUUUUCCUUUUAUCUCUGAAAAAAACCUUUUAGGUCAUUUCAUUUUAUCACACAUCAUUCACAUUUGUUGUCAGCUAACACACCCCAGUUUUAGUAUUUUUAAAAAGAAGAUAUUUUUGUGAGACGGGUGCUUCAUUUAGUCUGUUUUUAGACCUAGAAGGGUUAACAUUAUUUGUAGUUUUAUGUUUUCUUUCCUUCAGUUUAGUUUUGUUAUUUUCUGUGUUGAAUCAUUACCAACAGCCAAGUUGAAAGUUACAGAUGCCUUAGAAAUUCAACCAAAGCCUUGUAGGAAUAUAAUUAGUAUUGUUAGUUUUAUUUAAUGUUCAGUGCACUGAUUUCUUUGUGUUUAUUUUUCAUGCAGUCGUGUUUCCCGAAUGUGAAACAGUGGUUUUGUUUAGUGUGACUAUAGGUGAAUGAAAAGUAUUUCUGUUGCUAGUUAUUUUUUUCAGUAAGGAUGAGGGUCGAACAGAUUUUUGGUCCAUAUAUAUGGUUCACAGCAUGAAGUUGCCGUCAUUAGGAAAAUACACGUUUCUGUUUAAUUAAUUCAUUUAUUGACUGAAACUUGAAAUAAUUAGUUGGCUUCCUAAGAGACACAGACCCCCCUCAGAUAUGACGACUAUAGCACAGUAUAUGACUUUCAGAGGAGGGGAUAAUGACUGUGACUCCACAUAUGCAAACUAAGUUUGCAGACAAUCAAACGCACUGUUUGGUAAUGUGCGGGUAUCGUCCAUACUUACCCUCCCUACCACCUGUUGGUCUGUUUUGUUCUGCUGUUUUUUUUAAGAACUACCACUGUUACAUUGUUUUGGGUGUUAGAAUUCUGUUAAAUGCCUUUUUAAUGCCUUGGAGUUCUGAAAUGUAAAAUGAAUGUCAUUGAAUGACAUUCAAAUUCAUUGUUUGUAGUUUUUGAAAAUUAUACCAAAUAAAGAUUGACUGUUAAACGAGAAGAA